AUGCCGACUUGCGUGAUUAAAGUUUGCCGAAAUUAUCUCGGACGCUUAAAAACAACCUACAAAGUCACCUACCAUCGACUACCUACCGAUCCUGUAAUGAAAAGUAAGUGGGUAGACAUUAUAAGAAGUAGUCGUGGAGAAGAUUUUUGGAAACCUGCAAAAAGUACCGUUAUAUGCUCAGAUCAUUUUAGUACAAAAGACAUGUAUUUUGUGCACAAUCAAGAGCGCAGAAGACUAAAAAAAGUUGCAGUACCAAGAAAGGCAUUAUUUUUAUCAUCAUUAAAGUCUGAUGAAAGUGAAAACUCCGAUGAUGACCAAGGAAUUCCGAGCAAAGCAUUAUUCAGAUCUACAGUGCAAUUUGAUACAAGUAAAAACUCUGAUGAAAAUAUGGAUCUACCAGUAAAGAACCCGGAACCACUUGCAGAUUCUCUGGUAAAAAAAGAGUCAGAGAGAGAGAGUAAAGAUUGUCAACCCUCUUCCUCCGCUAAAAAUGAUGACGAUGAUAUUGGAGAUUUUUCAGAUCUAGAUUCAAUUUUCGACACACCGGAAGAAGAAAAGUUACGAAAGGAAUUGCGUAAGAAAAGUAUUUUACAAAAGAAGCAUACAAUUAUAAUUCAGUCGCUAAGGAGAAAAAACAAUCGACUAAAAAAGAAAAUAGCUUCUUAUAAGAAAAUGAUUGUAACUUUAAAAAAAGAGAACGCAACCUUACGCUCCACUAAGGUAAAAGAAGGUUAUGGGUAAUUUUUACAAAACGUGCUCACAUAAAAAG